GGAAAACAUGUGCUACACCUGAGUGAGUGCUUUCUAUGAGGGAUCCAAAAACUAUUUUCUUCAACAGCAUGGAUGGUUCUUUGACUGCUUGUUGUGGGUUAGGAGCAGGACGGAACAACUUUCAAUUGCCUAAGAGAAGAAUUGUCAUCAUGGGACAAACUGGAGCAGGAAAAAGCAGCCUUGGAAACACCAUACUCAACAAUAAGAAGUUCAAAGUCAGCCAUGAUCCGGACUCUGGGAUGAGUGUGUGUGAAACAAAGACCAAAUGUGUUGGUGGAAGAGAAAUCACUCUGAUUGAUAUGCCUGGUUUAUUUGACCCAGCAAUAGAUGAAAAAGAGCUGAAGCCUGCAUUACUUAAGUAUAUCACAGAGUGUUCACCUGGGCCUCAUGCAUUCCUCAUUGUGCUCAAAGUGGAGGAAUAUGCUGAGAAAGGCAAAGAUAUCAUCAGCAAAAUGAAUGAAUAUUUCUCUGAGGAAGUGUUCAGAUAUGCAACUGUUGUCUUUACUCAUGGUAAUAGUCUCCCAAGAAGGCAACGAAUCAAAGAUUUUGUGAAGAAAAACAAGUUUCUUAGUAGUUUAGUAGAAAAGUGUGGAAGUCGAUGCCACGUCGUAGAUAACAAACACUGGAGCAAGCGACCAAAGUAUGAAUACAGAAGCAAUUGUUAUCAGGUGAAGAAGAUACUUAAAUCAAUAGAGAAGACAGUGGAAGAAAAUGAUGGAAUCUGCUAUACCAAUGCCUUGCUGCAAGAAAUUGAGAAAAAUAUUCAACAAAAAGAGCAGCACAUUGCAGAAACCUCAAGAAACAUACCAAAAGAAAAAAUCAGAGAGACUGCUAAAGACAGGGUGUAUGAUGAUGUCUUAAACAAAGCCGCAGGCAUUACUACAGGUGCUCUGUUAGGAGCUGUUUUUGGUGUAGCAACAGCUGUCUCAGUUGUUGUGGCACUGCUAGCAAGUGUCUUCACAGUGGCAGUCAAAGCAUUGACUGGAACGGCUACAAAUCCAGCUUUAGACAAAGCAGCAAAAGCAGCACCAGAUGCAGCAGAAGCAGCAGGAAAACCACCAGCAGAAGAAAAAGUGAGAACAGAAGAAGAGGGAAACACAGCAGAAAAAACAACUGAUGCAACAGUUACAGGAAAAGCAGGUUUAAGACUAGCAGUUAGGUCCCUCCUGGGUUCAGCUCCAGUAGCAGGCGCAUUGCUUGGGGGUUACACAGGAUAUAAAGCAGCAGAGAAAGCUGAAACGCCAUGGGAAGCAGCAGAGAAGGCGGCUGAGGCUGUGAGUUCUUCAGGAUUUACUGCCAUAGAGACAUCUCAGAAAUGUGUGUCAAAUUUAGUUAACGCAGUGUUUAAACCCCUGACCAAAGACUCUUGA